GGCGGGAGCGGGCGGCGCUGCCGGUCAGCGGUUGCGGGGGACCCGGCGGGCUCGGCAGUCUGGGGCGCCCCGCGGAGCUGAGCCGCGGUUCCCAGUGCGCGCAGCCAGCCCAGCUGUUCGAGAGGCAAAUGAAGAUAAGACAAUGUCCGCCAACCUAAAAUACCUUUCCUUGGGAAUUUUGGUCUUUCAGACUACCAGUUUGGUUCUAACAAUGCGUUAUUCUAGGACUUUAAAAGAGGAGGGACCUCGUUAUCUAUCUUCUACUGCAGUGGUUAUUGCUGAACUUUUGAAGAUAAUGGCCUGCAUUUUACUAGUCUACAAAGACAGCAAAUGUAGUCUAAGAGCGCUGAAUCGAGUACUACAUGAUGAAAUUCUUAAUAAACCCAUGGAGAUGCUUAAACUUGCUAUUCCAUCAGGAAUAUAUACUCUUCAGAAUAAUUUACUCUAUGUGGCACUGUCAAAUCUAGAUGCAGCUACUUAUCAGGUCACGUAUCAGUUGAAAAUUCUUACAACGGCAUUAUUUCCUGUGUCUAUGCUUGGUAAAAAAUUAGAUGUGUACCAGUGGUUGUCCCUAGUAAUUCUGAUGACAGGAGUUGCUUUUGUUCAGUGGCCUUCAGAUUCACAAGAACUUGAUUCUAAGGAACUCUCAGCUGGCUCUCAAUUUGUAGGACUCAUGGCAGUUCUUACAGCGUGUUUUUCAAGUGGCUUUGCUGGAGUUUACUUUGAGAAAAUUUUAAAAGAAACCAAGCAAUCUGUGUGGAUAAGAAACAUUCAGCUUGGUUUCUUUGGGAGUAUAUUUGGAUUAAUGGGUGUAUACGUUUAUGAUGGAGAAUUGGUAUCAAAGAAUGGAUUUUUUCAGGGAUAUAAUAGACUGACCUGGAUAGUAGUUGUUCUUCAGGCACUUGGAGGACUUGUAAUAGCUGCUGUUAUUAAGUAUGCAGAUAAUAUUUUAAAAGGAUUUGCAACUUCAUUAUCCUUAAUAUUAUCAACACUGAUAUCCUAUUUUUGGCUACAAGAUUUUGUGCCAACCAGUGUCUUUUUCCUUGGAGCCAUCCUUGUAAUAACAGCUACUUUCCUAUAUGGUUAUGAUCCUAAACCUACAGGAAAUCCCACUAAAGCAUAGUAGUUUACUAUCUUAAACUGGUUUUUCAAGAUGGUGCACUAGAAAUCUCAA